AUGCUGCCGCUCUACCGUCGCGUGCUGGUCCGCGCGUGCUCGACGCUACCACCUGCGCCCGAGGUCCUUGCGCCCAAGAACUAUGGCGACUUCAACACGCUCGCUGCGGAGCUGCGCGCGAUCGCCAAGGCGCAGGCCAAGAAGCGCGUCGAGAUGCCUGACACGCUGCUGCUCAAGAGUCUCGAGCGCAACGAUCUCAUCCACGCCAUUCGAAAGAAGCACGGUGGGUUCGUCGCCGUGGCUCAAAAGCUGAGCUUGCCCAUUGUGACCAACGCUACGGGCACCGAGGUGCAUAAAAAGCUGGCGGUGCGCCAAAAGCGACGACGCGCGCGGCUCAUCGACCUCAAGAAACACAACGUAUUUUAA